CCGCUGUCCAGCCUGACACCCCGGUGCCCGUGGUCCAGCCUGACACCCCCGUGCCUGUGGUCCAGCCUGGCACCCCGGUGCCCAUGGUCCAGCCUGGCGCCCCGGUGCCUGUGGUCCAGCUUGGUGCCCCGGGUGCCCGCUGUCGUGCCAGAUGACUCAGUGCCUGCUGUCGUGCCAGAUGACUUGGUGCCCGCUGUCGAGCUUGAUGACUCGGUGCCCGCUGUCAUGCCAGAUGACUCGGUGCCCGCUGUCAUGCCAGAUGACUCGGUGCCCGCUGUCGUGCCAGAUGACUCAGUGCCCGCUGUCGUGCCAGAU